AUGGAAUUAAGUGCACAGGAUAUUUCUUGUCGUGGACCAACCGAAGCUAGCCAUUGGAUUAUUCCUAAACUACUUCUAGCAAGUAGAUAUCCUGGCGCAGACGAUCCCGAUGAACAUCAACGUGUAACUCGAUUAAUAUACGAUUGUGGCAUUGAAGUAUUCGUCAAUCUCAUGACUCCACGAGAAUUGACUCGUUACAAACCAUAUGAACCACAAAUUCGACAAUAUACUCUUCAUGAUAAUCGGAAAGUGGAAUUUAUAUCAUUUCCAAUACCUGAUCAAUCUAUUUGUCGAGAUGAUCAGAAAGUUCUAGAUUUUUGUUUGGAUCUAUCUAAAAGACUGCAAGAAAACCAGCAGAAAAUUCUGAUUCAUUGUCGAGGUGGUCGUGGACGAACUGGAACGAUAAUGUCGAUUCUAAUCGGAAUGUUGUUUCAUCUCGAAGCGGAAGAUGCAAUGAACUAUAAUUAUCAGUUACAACAACAACGCAUAAAAAUCAAAGGCAGAACUAGCCACUUGCAUCCACGCCAACGUGAACAAGUACGAGAAGUAUUGCAAACGUACAAAGAUCGACAAAGAGACCUUGUUGACUGUUGA